AUGGCAGUGGCCACAGAGGAUGGCCGCCCGCCGUGGCUUGGCAUGGAGCCGACGAGAAAUCUUCAAGCCAUAUGCAUUGAUGGCCUUUACUGCACCCAGGAAACUGCGGAGGACACAGUGAGGUCUGUCAUUGCAAACACCUACAGAGAGGCGGACCAAGUGAGGAGCGAGGUGGCCGCCGCCGUGUCCGAACGGAUCCAGGCGUUGCAGGCGCGUCAGCAGCAGCUCCUCGAUGAGAUCGACGUGCUGGUGCAGAGCAAGGUUCAGGUACACCACUUAGCUAACUUCCAGUCCAUCUAA